CAGAGCAGGGUGAGUGCAGCUCACACACACUCACUCAGACACUGGAGACAGAGACAUCACCUCCAUGUGUAUAUGUGCUUUUCAAACCUUUGCAUUUUGGAACUAGACUCAUUGAUUAUCCUUGGUCUAACACUGAGACAGCUUGGAUAGACCAACGUUGGAGGAAAUUGGAGGACCCUGUGGAUAGAUUAGACUCUGUGGGAGUAGUGUUGUGGGCAUGCAGCCGGACCUCUAGCGCUGUGGUGGACGCUGGGAGGGUCGUCUUGUGACUGAGGGGUUUGGGAAGAGAGGAGAGGACCAAUGCUUUUCAUAGAGCGCGUGAUGAACCUGGAGCGGCCGGUGGGUGUCCGGGGCCUGGAUAUGGAGCAGCGGACGGGGGGUGUCCGGGGCCUGGAUAUGGAGCAGCGGACGGGGGGGAAGCUGGGGAAACUGACCCUGGGCUUCCAGAGGAGCUCUACGUCAGACGACGACUCAGGUUGUGCCCUUGAGGAAUACGCCUGGGUACCGCCUGGACUCAGACCUGAACAGGUACAGCAGUAUUUCUCCUGUCUUCCAGAGGACAAGGUCCCCUACGUCAACAGUCCUGGAGAGAAACACAGGAUCAGACAGCUGCUCUACCAGCUGCCCCCUCACGACAAUGAGGUACGGUACUGCCACUCUCUCAGUGAGGAGGAGAAGAGGGAGCUCCACAUGUUCAGUGUCCAGAGAAAGAGAGAGGCUCUGGGGAGAGGAACCCCCAGGAUGCUCCCCCGAGCCCUGCAACACACCCUCUGUGAACAUUGUGGUGAGGGCAUUAGUGGAGGAGAGUUGGCCAUCUUU